CCUUUUAUACAUCCAUUAUCUCUCCAAUAUAAGUUAAAAGUCCGGCUACCACUUUACACAGGUUCUGCCUACAUCACCUGCUGAAGGGUCAGAGGGAGAAAAAAGACUGAAACAACCCCAAAUUCCAUCAAUGGCUGCAGCCGACGAGUCGAUGCAAAACCUUCCUCUUGUCCUUCUCCAUCGUCCCCCAUCAUUCACUCUUCCACUAAAAGACCGACUAUCAGCUCACUUCCAACUUCUCGACCCAGUUCUUGCGCAAGAACCUGCCAACUCCCUCAAUUCCGUAAGAGCUCUAGUAUGUGUUGGCUAUGCUCCCAUCACAUCCGAAACUCUCAGUGUCCUCCCUUCUUUGGAGCUCAUAGUGGCCUCCAGUGCUGGCCUUGACCAUAUUGACCUGAAAGAGUGCCGUGGCCGUGGGAUUACUAUUACCAACGCCAGUGUGGCGUUCGCGGAGGAUGUUGCUGACCAAGCGGUGGCAUUGCUGAUUGAUGUUUUACGCAGAAUAUCUGCAGCUGAUCGGUUUGUUCGCUCUGGCUUGUGGCCCAUGAAGGGGGACUACCCCCUUGGUUUCAAGUUAGGAGGCAAACGAGUUGGGAUUGUUGGGUUUGGAAGUAUCGGUUCUGAAGUUGCAAAAAGGCUCGAGGCUUUUGGCUGCAGAAUUGCGUACAAUUCAAGAAGGAAAAAGCCAAGUGUUCCAUUCCCUUACUAUGCCAAUGUCUUGGACCUUGCUGCAGAAAGUGACAUUCUUAUCCUUUGCUGCUCGUUAACAGAAGAAACUCACCAUUUGAUUAAUGGGAAUGUGAUGAAAACCUUGGGAAGAGAAGGGGUGAUCAUUAAUGUUGGACGGGGAUCGCUUAUUGAUGAGAAGGAACUAGUACAGUUUUUGGUGCAAGGGAAGAUUGGGGGCGCAGGUCUUGAUGUGUUUGAGAAUGAGCCUUAUGUGCCAAAGGAACUGUUUUCUUUAGAUAAUGUUGUGCUAUCUCCACACGUUGCUGUCUUCACCCCAGAAUCUAUUGAAGCAAUUUUAGAGCUAAUAUUUUCCAACUUGAAGGCAUUCUUUUCAAAUGAACCUCUACUGUCAGUUGUUCAGCCCGAGUAAGGGAAUUCUUCACUCUUUUUUCCCAUCAUUGUGUCACAUGUAACUGCGAUAACUAAAUUCAUAUGCGUUUACAUUCUCCUAAUGUAGGAUUUAUGCAUAUACAAAAUAACAGUUGUAAAAUGCCAUAAAUGUUCUGCAACCAUUCAAAAAGUGAUCAUCUCCGUGCCAGAAGAAAAAAGAAAGGCACUAAUAAUGUAUAGGAGUUCUGUUUUUCUAAUUAAGAGUUUUAUUUGUUUCCGUUAAGUUA